AUGGUAGCCUGGAAGUUUCAUGAAUGCAACUUCUUUGUGUACCUCUUCCCCAUGCAGCGGGAGUGUAUUUCUGUCCAUAUUGGCCAGGCUGGCGUGCAGAUGGGCAAUGCCUGCUGGGAGCUGUACUGUCUGGAGCAUGGGAUCCAGCCAGAUGGAAUCAUCUGUUUGGAGAAGUCCUUGGGGCAAGCUGAUUCUUCCUUUGGGACCUUCUUCAGUGAGACUGGGUCUGGGAAGCAUGUGCCCAGAGCGCUGUUCAUAGACCUGGAACCUACCGUUAUUGACGAGAUCCGAACUGGGACCUACCGCUCCCUCUUCCAUCCUGAGCAGCUGAUCAGCGGCAAGGAGGACGCUGCCAACAACUAUGCCCGUGGCCACUACACCAUUGGGAAGGAAAUCAUAGAUCCCGUGGUUGACAGGACUCGUAAAAUGGCUGACCAGUGCAGUGGCCUUCAAGGCUUCCUGGUCUUCCACAGCUUCGGAGGAGGCACAGGCUCUGGAUUCACGUCCCUCUUGAUGGAGCGUCUCUCAGUGGAGUUCGGGAAGAAGUCCAAGCUGGAGUUCUCGGUGUACCCUGCCCCACAGGUCUCCACUGCAGUGGUGGAACCCUACAAUUCCAUCCUGACCACCCACACCACGCUGGAGCACUCAGACUGUUCUUUCAUGGUGGACAAUGAGGCCAUUUAUGACAUCUGCAACCGGAACCUGAAUAUCGAGCGUCCCUCCUACACCAACCUCAACAGGCUGAUAGCUCAGAUAGUGUCGUCCAUCACUGCUUCCCUGAGGUUCGAUGGUGCCUUGAAUGUGGAUCUCACUGAAUUCCAAACUAAUUUGGUGCCCUAUCCCCGCAUACAUUUCCCCCUCACUACCUAUGCACCCAUAAUUUCCGCAGAGAAAGCCUACCACGAGCAGCUCUCAGUGCCCGAAAUAACCAAUGCUUGCUUUGAGUUCUCCAAUCAGAUGGUGAAAUGUGACCCUCGCCGAGGCAAAUACAUGGCUUGCUGCCUGCUGUACCGGGGGGAUGUGGUGCCCAAGGAUGUGAAUGCAGCUAUAGCAGCUAUCAAAACCAGGAGGGGAGACCUGGCUAAAGUGCAGCGGGCCGUCUGCAUGCUGAGCAACACCACGGCUAUUGCAGAAGCCUGGGCCCGUCUGGAUCACAAGUUUGACCUGAUGUACGCAAAACGGGCCUUUGUGCACUGGUAUGUGGGGGAGGGGAUGGAGGAGGGGGAGUUCUCUGAAGCCAGGGAGGACCUGGCUGCUCUUGAGAAGGACUAUGAGGAAGUUGGCAGGGACUCUGCCAAUGGGGAUGAGGCAGAGGAAGGAGAAGAUUAUUAA